UCCCCCGUCGACUCUGCACGCCUUAUCACCACACAACCCCAUAUACACACGGUUCCUCAGAUUACGACUACGAUCGAGGAAGAGGAAGAAGAUACAAUAUGGCCCUGGGAGACGACUCUCCGGCCUCCUACAUCCGCAUGGUUCACCAUCUGAUAGAGAAGUGCAUGACGUUCGGGAUGAGCAUGGAGGAGUGCAUGGAGGCGCUGUCCAAGCGCGCCGACGUUCAGCCGGUCGUCACCUCCACAGUAUGGAAAGAGCUGGAGAAGGAGAACAAGGAGUUCUUCGACAGAUACAACAAGCAGUUGAGAUCAGAAAAGGGAGGCCGAAGCAGCUGCAGCAGCAGCAGCGACAGCAGCUCCUAAUGAUCAACAGGAGAUGCGUGCUGCUUAGAUGUUAGCCAUUCUGCACUUGGUAGAACGAAUAAUUAGAAGAUCGAUGGGGCGGGAAGUCAGCUAACGCGACACGAUUUAUGUGUGCUGGUGCAUGUACAGGAAUCAUAAGCCAUCUCGUACUGUUGCCAUAUUCUUCAGAUGUAAUUGUACUCAUCAUGUAUCCAUCUCCCACAGCUCUCGGUUCAGACUUUUCA